AUGUUCUGCAUUGUUCUGGAAGUCACAGAGUCCCGAGUUAUUGGAUUUAUAACAAAAUAUAUCCCGGACGUUACACUAGGGGAUACUGGGACACUGGAGACUGCCAAUCCAAAAAGGCCUUUUCGAUUUGAAUGGCUCAAGCAGUUCGCAAAGCUGGUCGACUUCCUCAACUUGAAAUUAGGGAUUGUGCACCAAAACAUUGCACCACGCAACCUGCUUGUCGAUCCCGAAACAGACAAUAUCCUUCUCUUUGAUUUCGAUUGGGCUGCCAAUGGAACGGAAGACCUACUUGAUGGCCGAGACGAUGUUUCAAGUGUCUCAUUUACUCUUCGCAACAUAAUAACAUGGCACACAUUUUAA